CCCAUUACCCCCCAUUGCCCCAUAGGACAGUGAUGAAGUCCGGCCCCGAGAUCGUGAAGGCCGGGCUGCGCUCGUUCUUCGAGAGCGCGUCGGAGGACAUAGAGAAGAUGGUGGAGAACCUGAAGCUGGGCAAGGUGACGCAGAGCCGCACGCAGGUCAAGGGGGUGGCGCAGAACAUCAACUACACCACGGUGGCGCUGCUGCCCGUCCUCACCUCCCUGUUUGAGCACAUCGCACAGCACCAGUUCCGGGGACACCCCCACCUCCACCCCACAGUGUUUGCUCAGCCCAUCGUCAGCAAGGCCAAACCCGAGCUGCUGCGGACCCACUUCAUCCCCACGAUGGAGAAGCUGAAGAAGAGGGCGGGGAAGGUGGUGUCGGAGGAGGAGCAGCUGCGCAUGGAGGCCAAGGCCGAGGCGGAGGACGCGGAGCUGCUGAUCCGCGACGAGUUCUCCGUGCUCUGCCGCGACCUGUACGCGCUCUACCCGCUGCUCAUCCGCUACGUCGACAACAGCCGGGCCAAGUGGCUGACGGAGCCCAACGCGGACGCGGAGGAGCUGUUCCGGAUGGUGGGAGAGGUCUUCAUCUAUUGGUCCAAAUCACACAACUUUAAGCGCGAGGAGCAGAACUUUGUGGUGCAGAACGAGAUCAACAACAUGUCCUUCCUGACGGCCGACAGCAAGAGCAAGAUGGCCAAGGGUGGGGGCUCGGAGCAGGAGCGCACCAAGAAGAAGCGCCGCGGUGACCGUUACUCAGUUCACACGUCGCUCAUCGUGGCCACCCUGAAGAAGAUGCUGCCCAUCGGCCUCAACAUGUGCAGCCCCAGCGACCAGGAGCUCAUCGCGCUGGCCAAGAGCCGCUACGCCAUGAAGGACACUGACGAGGAGGUUCGGGAGUGCCUGAAUAACAACCUGCACCUGCAGGGCAAGGUGAGGGGGGGNUCGUCCAUGCGCUGGCAGCUGGCUCUGUACCGGGCAAUGGCCGGACGGGCCGAGGACUCGGACAGCCCCGAAAAGAUCGUCAGGAGGGUCCAGGAGGUGUCGGCUGUGCUCUAUCACCUGGAGCAGACGGAGCACCCCUACAAGUCCAAGAAGGCCGUGUGGCACAAGCUGCUGUCCAAGCAGCGGCGCCGAGCCGUGGUCGCCUGCUUCAGGAUGACGCCGUUAUACAACCUGCCCAGGCACCGUGCGUGCAAUAUGUUCCUGGAGGCCUACAAGCUGCAGUGGCUGGUGACGGAGGAGCAUCCCUUUGAGGACCGCAUGAUCGACGACCUGGCGAAAUCGGGGGAGGAGGAAGAGGAGGAGGAGGAGGAGAAGGACAAGAAGCCGGACCCGCUGCAUCAGCUCAUCCUGCACUUCAGCCGCACCGCGCUGACCGAGAAGAGCAAGUUGGAGAAGGACCACCUGUACAUGGCGUACGCGGGGAUUAUGGCCAAGAGCUGUCACAUUGAAGAAGAAGAAGCAGAAGAGAAGGAGGAGGAGAAGGAGGAGGAGGACCCGGAGGAUUCAUUUGAGGAGAAGGAGAUGGAGAAGCAGAAGCUGCUGUACCAGCAGUCCAGGCUGCACAACAGGGGAGCAGCUGAGAUGGUGCUGCAGAUGAUCAGCGCCUGUAAAGGGGAGCGGGGGGAGAUGGUUUCGUCCACGCUGAAGUUGGGGAUCUCCAUCCUCAAUGGGGGCAACGCCGACGUGCAGCAGAAGAUGCUGGAUUACCUGAAGGAGAAACGCGAGGUCGGCUUCUUCCAGAGCGUGCAGGCGCUGAUGCAGACCUGCAGCGUGCUGGACCUGAACGCGUUUGAGCGGCAGAACAAGGCCGAGGGGCUGGGGAUGGUGACGGAGGAGGGGACCAUCAUCAGCCGUGAGAACGGUAAUUCAUUACCCCAUAAUUGUGGGGUCUGUAGGUUCUUCGACAUGUUUCCCUGAAAGCUCCGCGACAUCGUCGCCUCCGACGCCUUCAGGGACUACGUCACCGACCCCAGGGGGCUCAUCUCCAAGAAGGACUUCCAGAAGGCCAUGGACAGCCAGAAGCAAUACGAGCCCUCCGAGAUCCAGUUCCUGCUCUCGUGCUCGGAGGCCGACGAGAACGAGAUGAUCGACGUGGAGGCGUUUGCCGGCCGCUUCCAGGAGCCGGCGCGCGACAUCGGCUUCAACGUGGCCGUUCUAUUGACCAACCUGUCGGAGCACGUCCCCCACGACCAGAGGUUGAAGACGUUCCUGGAACAGGCCGCCAGCAUCCUCGAGUAUUUCAGGCCUUUCUUGGGUCGCAUCGAGAUCAUGGGGGCGGCGCGGCGCAUCGAGCGGCUCUACUUCGAGAUCAGCGCCGCCAACAAGGCUCAAUGGGAGAUGCCUCAAGUCAAGGAGUCCAAGAGACAGUUCAUCUUCGACGUGGUCAACGAGGGGGGGGAGGCCGAGAAGAUGGAGCUGUUCGUCAGCUUCUGCGAGGACACCAUCUUCGAGAUGCAGAUCGCGUCGCGGCUCUCGGAGGACGAGGGGGCGAGAGAAGGGGGCGACGGGGAUGAGGAAGAGGAGGAGGAGACCCCCGAGGCCGGGGGGAGCCCACCGCCGUCAGAGCCCAGCUCGGCCUUUGGGGAGAUGCUGGGGGGGCUGAGGAGAGCGGUGGGGUCCCCCCAGUUGUGGAGGAAGAGGAUAAGGAGGAUGAGGAAGAAAGGGGGCAGGGAGCUGCUGUGGGAUCUGGGGGCGGCCCUAUGGAGGGCCAUGGUCGGGGGGUUGCUGGGGGUCUAUGGGGCGGUGAGGGCGGUGGGCUGCGUGCUGUGGGUGGUGCUGUUCGGGGGGGGGUUGGUGGAGGGGGCUCAGAAGUUGGGCCUGGCCGAGCUGCUGGGGAGCAUGCCCGACCCCACGCAGGACGCCGUGGGGGGG